AUGAAUCAUGAAUUAGACAGAUGCAGAAUCUAUGCUAGCAAGCCAUACACUGACAAGGUGCAACUGAUAAAGACCAGAGGACUGUGUUUUGGAUGUCUAAAAAAGGCAAGUCAUCUAGUUAAGGACUGCAACAGGAAGUUAACAUGCGACAAGUGUCAGCUGAAACACCCCACUGUAUUGCACAGAGAGAAACCCUUUGUUGAGACAGAAGCCAAGACUGUACAAACCUUGGUGGGCAUGAUAGAUGCAGAUUGUCAUGCAAUGGGGCAUAAAGACCUUGCUGGUAAACCCAUCAUAAUUCCAGUGAAGUUAAGGUGCAAGGCAACAGGAAUAAGCAUAGAAACAUACGCAUUCAUUGACAAUGGCAGUGACACAGUUUUCUGUACAGAGAGAAUUAGCCAACAACUGAACAUUAGCGGACCAAAAACCAAAUUAAACAUGCGUACUAUCAAUGGAAACAAAAUAACGGACACUCAUAUGCUGAGAGGAUUAGAAGUUUCAGAUUUAGAUGGACAUAAUACAAUCGGACUCCCAGUAACCUACACUCAGAAGGAGAUACCAGUGUCUAAGAAAGAUAUACUGUCACAAGCUGACAUAUUGAAUUGGUCAUAUUUGCGUGAUGUGCGACUACCUAGCAUCGAGGCAGGCAUAGAUCUUCUGAUAGGCAACAAUGUUCCUAAAGCCUUUGAACCAUGGGAAGUUGUCAAUAGUCAAGGUGAUGGUCCAUUUGCUGUACGAACUGUUCUAGGGUGGGCAGUGAAUGGAUUCCUUACAGGGGCUGGAGAGACCAAGGAUGAAAUGUUUAUCACGGCUAAAGUGAAUAGAAUACAAGCUAAACCAUCAUUUGAUAGCCAGUUAGUUGAAUUCUUUAACCACGAGUUCAGCGAACGAGUCAUAGAUGACAAACCAGAAGAUUCUGUGGAAGACAAGAAAUUUAUGAAGAUGAUGGAAACAGAAUGUCACCUUGUUAAAGGUCACUAUCAGCUACCGUUGCCAUUUCGUGAUAGAAACCAUGUAGUACCUAAUAACAGACCUGCCAUAGAACAACGGUUGAAACACCUGAAAAGAAGGUUUGUGAAGGACCCUGAAUACCAAGAGGAGUAUACUCAGUUCAUGGAUGGUAUACUAGAUAAAGGGUAUGCUGAACUAGUUCCAGCAGAACAGCUGUCAAGUAGAAAAGGGAAAAUAUGGUAUCUUCCUCACCAUGGUGUACGCCACCCACAGAAAAAAAGGCUACGUGUAGUCUUUGACUGUGCAGCAGAAUUCAGGGGUACAUCAUUGAAUGAAAUGCUAAUGCAAGGCCCAGAUUUAACCAACUCAUUAGUAGGAGUACUUACUUGGUUUCGACAAGAGCCUGUUGCGCUUAUGUCAGACAUACAAGCUAUGUUUUCACAAGUGACUGUACCAAUAGAGGGCAGAGACUACCAGCGCUAUUUAUGGUGGCCAAAUGAAGACAUCAAUGAAACUCCACAAGAAUACAGAAUGAAAGUGCACAUAUUUGGGGCUACCUCAUCGCCUAGUUGUGCGAAUUAUGCUUUAAGGAGAACAGCUGCAGAUAACAGAAGCAUAACAGGAGUAUGUGCAGCAAACGCAACAGAGAAGAACUUUUAUGUGGAUGACCUGUUGAAGUCUGUAUCAACCGUAAAGGACGGAAAGACAUUAGCGAGUAAUCUAAUAGAAACCUGCAGUAGAGAAGGAUUUAGACUAACCAAAUGGAUAAGCAAUGAGUGUUCUGUGUUAGAAUCCAUUCCAUUGGACUGA